AAUGUUUUUAGUUGUGUAGUUUUGUGGCUUGUAGGAGCCACAAAGAAGGUAACUUACUUCCCUCUUUUACAGUUAACCGAGAGAUUGUACCAACGUUCUUCCACAAUUAUUCCAUCCUAUGUGCUGCCUACCAUCUAGACUUCACCUCUGAUCCGCAUUGCGAGCUUAAUGUCCGUGUCUCCUGUACAACGUAAGCGUCCACUAUUCAAAAGCGGUAUCUUCCAACUUACAGAUAGUGACGCGCUUGGCAUAGAUGGCACACAAAUUUGUAUCUUCCAUCAACUUCACAAUGUAGUCUUUCGCAGCCUCCUGCAGCGCGGCCACGGCUGUAGAUUGUCAUUUAAAGUCGGGACUUAUAGCGACAACGACUUCACAAACCAGACGCGCAAAGAAGACUUUAGGGAUGAUAAGUUUAGUCGUCGUCUAGUAUUUCCAAAGUUCUCUAAGUGCUAUCGUUCCAAGAGGGAGUCGUUGGGCGGGUGAAAGCACAUGGCGCUCGGGCAGGUAUUUUAGUUCCACGUUUAUUCGUUGUAGCGGCUACAGCGGCUGCGGCAUCGUGUCUCUCU